AUGGACAACCUCGUCGCCAUCGGCGUUGGACUCGGUCUGCGCGCACUCAUCGACACCCUCACAAACCACAAUCAUAGACUAAACGGCUCGCUCGUCGGCCUUUGGGAGGGCGCCAUCCUCCGACACUUCAUCUCCAAAUAUCCCGCCUCCAUCGAUCCCUACGUUGCCUAUGGCUUCCGCCUGCUCAUUGAUCUGCUCUGGACGACGAGUUGGAUGCGGCUAUUCAUCACAAUACUCUGGUCCUUCAUGGGCAUGCUCCUCUCAGACGUCUUUGUCGACCUUUACGCAGACCGCCGGUUCCGCCGGUUCAUGCGCUUCGUCCGGCACUCCGUCAUCUACCCUCUCCUUCGCCUCUUCUCGCUGAGCGGCAGCCGUACAAGCAGCGGUGGCGGCAGCAACAGGAGCACGUCUUCCUCUGCGCGCGCGCAGUACUACCAACUUCCCCCCUCCUCGUCUGGUGCGUCAAACGCGCGCAGCCCUCCAUUGGAACCUCGCUCUCCAACCGAUGCGUCCCGGGCUCCAUUCCGUCCGCCCGCGCCUACUCCCGCACCUCCCCGACGCUCCGCGAUGCGCGUGCCCGGCUCGUUCUCUGACCGAGGAUGGUCUGAGACUGAUACGAACGCCAGUGCCACAUCACGCACUCCCGUUCAAGAACUUUCGCGACCGCCCACCCGGGAUCCCUCCCUCGGUCCUCCGCGUCCACGCACGCCCUCCGAACUCGAGUAUGUUACGCUUCCCGUCAUACCGGACGUUGAGCGAAGGUAUCCUAUACGGCCCGUCCUGUCGGAUGACGAGCAGAGCGUACAUUCGGACCUGCGCGGUCGAUCUUCUGGCUUGACCACGCCCGAGAAGGACGAGGACAGGCCACGCAUCAAUGUCUACAGCCCGGAGCUGGUUAAAUCCGGGUUGACGACUCCAGAGCGUCCAUCUACCCCCCACAGCAGCCUUCCGCCGGUGACCGUGUUUGACGAGGCUGGAUCGCAUGUCUCCUCCGACGUCAAUCCCAUCCCCAUCCCCAUUCGCCUCUACGAGCGCAAUGCCGACCACGAAGACCAAGCACAGGCACGCGCGGCGCUCCUCCACCCCGAACUCAUCCCCGACAUCAACACCCCGCAGCCAAGUCCAGGCUUGAUUCCCCCCGCCGACUAUAUGCAGAACAUGCACCCAGGCCCGGGGUCCACAGGACCCGUACAUAUGCCAGAGCCGGAGGUCCGCUCAGACGUGCGCACGAGUAUCACCGCGCCGCCCCCGUAUGAGUACCCUCUGGAUGGCGGUGAAGGCGAGGGCGGCGAGAAUCGCUUGUCGCAGGUAGAGUCGGACGGUACGCCCGCGGGGAGCGUCAUCUCGAACGUAAACGACCGGACGCGCCUCCUUCAGCGCGCGGAGUCGCUGCGGAGUAUCGCGGACGAGGCGGACAAGCGCCGCGCGGAGCUAGGAAAGCAACUGCAAGAUGCGCGACGGAACCGGGACUUCUGGGCUGCAUUCAGGGUGAAGCACGAGAUGGACCGCGCGGCGCAUGAUGCGCGCGAGCUGCACGCGAAGGCUGCGCGACGGUUCUACCAAGCGCACAACAUGAAGCCUCAGCCCCAGACGAUUGACGUGCACCGGCUCAAGGUCCCGGAGGCCAUUGAGAAGGUCGAGCAGGCUCUAUACGACUCCAUCGUCACGGGCACCCCCGAGCUGCGUAUCAUCACCGGCCAGGGGCACCACUCGAAGAACAAAAUACCCGCCCUCAAGCUCGCCAUUAUCGGCGCCAUGGCAGACUAUCACAUCGACGCGACACAAGAUUCCACGAACCCUGGUGUUCUUCUCAUCCACCCGCCCUCAAACCCCAACUUCAAGGACGGCCCGUCGACCUCGUCCUAAACUCACUCGAAAUACCCGCGUGUAUAAUCGCUUGGUUCGCACGCCCCCGCGCGUGCUCGGUCAUGUAUCGGAAUGUGUAGUAGUUUGCUUCCCAUCUCUUUACGAUCUCCCCCGUGUACGAUAUCCCACGAGCUAGUG